GUGCGCACCUUUCCUCCGCCUUCUAGACGACAGAUCACAAUGUCAUCGUCAUCAUCAUCAUCACCGAAAACACUGGUCUAUGGACACACGAACAGGCAGAUCCACCGAGAGUUGGAUGACGGAAAAUAUUGCUUAUCCUUUAGAAAUAGUGGCACGAGGAGACACGGCUGUUGUGUUUGGUCAGGAUGCUUCUCUCUCAUGUACUUUGCCGUUCGUGUCAGGCGUCAGACAGGUGACAUGGCAGCGGGUGCGUGCGCAGGAUGUACACACUCUGGCCACGUUCAGCGAGCGCUUCAAGGAUAAUGUGGAUGAGGACUUUGUCAGAAAGAUCAUUUUCCAAGCAUCGUUUAAUUCAACAACUAUUGAGAUAAAAAACACAACAUUUGAAGAUGAGGCUUGCUACAUUUGUUCCUUUAAAGUGUAUCCAACAGGACCCAAACGAGAAACCUUGUGCGUCACUGUUAAAGGUAUCUCAGAAAUAACAGCGGCAGUGAAUCCUGCAGACACUUCUAAUACAGAAGUUGUGAUUUCAUGUUCAGCGACUGGUAAACCAGCUCCAACAAUCCAGUGGAAAUCCACAGAACAAGAGCUGAAGCACUUCAGGUCAGAUGAGUUCACAACCCACAACAAAGACGGCUCAACCACUGUUACAAGCAACAUCACACUUCAGCUAUCCCAGUUUCAUGGCAAGUACGUGGAGUGUUUGGCUCAAAGUGACGACAUAGAGAGGAGCGAAACAAUUGUGGUAUCGCAAACAGAACAUAAAGAGAACAGUGUUACAUUAAGAAAUUACACAAUUCCGGUGUUGAUUGUUGUAAUCAUCAGUAUCGUCAUUAUUGCCAUCAUUCUUCACACCAUGUUAAAGGAUUCAAAAAAUGUGAAAUCUGAAUGCACAGCAUGAACUACUGCUCAGCUUCCACUUUAUUCAAACCAUCAGGCUUUUCUGAUGCUACAUUCCUCAUCUAUUAUAAUAGUCACUUUGUUUACAUGCAUGCAUAAGCUAGCAAUUGUAGCGUAGUGCAGUGUUACUCAACCACAUUUUUGGAGGAACACCAACACAGCAUGAUUUAUGCCACGGUCACUAGAGUUUGAGGAUAUGAAAUUCUGUUGUAAAGGGGCGGGAUUAAACAUGAUGAUUAGAUUUAAAAAAGCAAGCGAUUGGUCCAUAUUUUACAUUACUGUACAGAGGUCAUGGCUGUGUACAAGAUUGCCUACUACUCAAUAGGUACUGCAUUUGAAAUUAAAUGUACUACUCGGUUGUUAGAAAAGUACGUUCUAUAAAGUAUGAAUGGAAUUUGGAUGUACUACAUCUGCCAUGUUGUCAUUAUCACGUGGCCUACCUACGUGAGUUCCAUCGCUUCAGGUGUGUUUGGUUAAGGAGACAUGAGAAAUGUGCAGAGCUGGUGGUCCUCCAGGAUCUGGCCUAAUGUUUA